AUUUUUCGUAAUCCCAUUUCAACCAUGUCCACAGCCGCCGGAUCUACCGCUGACAAUGUCACCCAAGCUUCUGAAAAAAGCGAAUUCAAAAAGCUGAUCCAGGAGCUGAAAGCCAAAGUGAUUGAACUCAAAGGACAACUCAAGCCAUUGAAGCAAAAAUUAGAGGAUGGCGAGUUACAGACUUCGAAGGGUGUAUCAUUUUUGGAAGUCAAGUACCACUUGAUGAUCCAAUACGUAUUGCAAUUAGCGUUCUAUGUGAAUCUGAAGCUGUCCGGCAAACAAUUAGCACAACACCCCGUGGUGGAUUCACUAGUGGAAUUGCGAGUGAUCCUCGACAAAAUGAAGCCGAUCGAAGCCAAACUGAAAUACCAAGUUGACAAGCUUGUUCGUGCUGCUGUCAUGGGUACACAACAGGCGGCCGAUAAGCCAACAGAUUCCGUUUCCAGCACAACCGCCAUGGCCAACGAUCCACUUGCUUUCAAACCUAAUCUCGAGAAUCUGAUGAACAAGGAUGACGAAGAAGAAGGUGGAGAAAUGGAAGAGGAUAAUACUGGCGUCUACCGACCACCUAAGUUAGCACCCGUCACCUACGACGAAGCACGGGAUUCAAAGAAGAACAAACAAGAGAGAGAUCAACAACGUUUAAGAGAAAAGGCAUCACGAUCGCGAUUGAUGAAGGAUGUCAUGGCCGAGAUGAACGAAACGCCUGAAGAGAUUGAUGCAUUAGGCGGUGUGAAUGAAGGUCUCGGUUACGGCGAUCGGGUCGACAGUAUGAUUGCGGAGAAGGAUCGUUAUGAAGAAGACAAUUACGUACGUCUUGCCGUCACUCGCAAGGAGAAACAGCGAUUAAAGGCCAAGAACCGCAUGCGCUUCGAAAGUGAAUUUGAUAACUUGAACGAUUUCAGUAAUUUGGUGGAUAUCCAAUCGAUUGAAGAGCAAGAAAAUGAACGAUUCCGCAACGUACUCAAUCGCAAACACCAACGUGGCCAACGUGAUGAGGAUGAUGAGGUAAGCGUACAAAUGUGCAAUUUUUUUUUGAAAUCGAUUGGAUGUACAGAGGUAAGCUCAUCACGUAUUUUAAUAGGACGUCCCACGUUCAAAGCGAGCACGAGGAGGCAACGAUGAACUGUUCCACGGACUGUUGACAGGCGAAGAGAAGGAAGGAGGCAACAAGUUCAGACGUGAUAAGCGAAAGGCUAUGAAGAAGAACAAGAAAAGCAGACGAUAACAUGUAGCACUGGCAUUCAAUCAUACUUUCAUCAUUCAUUUCUCUUUGAAUACAUCCUAGAAAAGAAAAAGAAAAAAAGAAAAACAUUCAUUCCCUUUUCACGCAACCAAAGUUUACUUCCUUAUGUUGACAACAGAUUGCAGAGACGCUUACUCCAUUCCAUUGUUUCCUUGAGCUUAAUGAAUCAAUCUUCCAUAUCAU